AGCGGUGAUGAACCUUAAGGAACAAAGCAAUGACAAGAAAAGGGGCCCCACUACUCCGUUGACCCCUACUUUGAUCCAGAAGAACAUCGUCAAGAAACAAUACACAUCCAACGAAGACAUAUCAGUGAAAACGAUCGAUUUAAGGGAGGCUAAUGGGGAAAAUUACAGGUUCAACGAAGACGGUAGUUCUCCAAAGUCUCGAAGAACAUCGUUGUGUCCUACGGGUCUGAAAACCUUUCAAGAACAACAGAACGCAACGCCGAAGAUAUCUGCUGGUAUCAAGCAGGCUGUGAGGGAGAAUAAGAAGUCUAGGCUACAGAUAUUAAGAGGAUCGGCAAACACUGGUGCAGAUGUAUCGGUCAGCGAGAGUGAGUACAGCGAGAUGUCAACCAUAUCAGGUGAGACUCCAAAUUACAAACUUAACGGGAAUCUCGUGUACUACAAAAACGGAUACUAUCUCGAUAGUGUAGAUGAUUCUUUUGCUGAAUUGGAAAGAGAAGCACUUGUGAAUGAAAAGGAAUUACAAAGAGUAGACGAUAUUGUUGAGUUUAUGAAAUUGGAAAGAAAGUACGAGAGGGAAAACAGCUGAAGUAAAUGCCUGUGUGUAAUAUUAACAAUACCAUUAAUAACUUAUUAGUAGCAUUAGCUAUUCUGAAGCCAUUCGAGUAGCAUGCAAGGGGGUGGUUGUGCACAAGGUGUGCAAAAUGCUGCAACAGUAGAUGAUCAGCUGAGUAAAGUAUAUAUCUCUUUAGCGCUGAUUCUCUCUUUUGAUUCGUAAGUCAUCAUUUUUUGGAAUACUUUUCUUAUCUGAUUGUCAACACCUGGUAAUAUCUGUUCCAUCGGUUUACCAGGAUGAGGUAAAAGUUGAAGACGUUCAAAAGUUGUAGACUUCGCUGCUUCUGGCCAUAUCUCCAAUGAUGGGGUUCCAAAAGUUGAAAAUAUCAUCCCCAUCAGUUUGAAAUCAACAAUGUCUUCAUCUUCAAAUACGGGCUUGAGAUCUUUGCUGAAAACCAACGUCAUAACUAUUCCUAGGGCCCAAAUGUCAACACCAUAUCCAUAGUCUGCAAUGUGA